CUGAGGAAAGGGGACUCUAUACCUAAUCCUCAUCCUAAAUCAAAUUCACAAAUUCCCAAAUCCCUAAUAUUUCCAAAUCGAAGAAAUUUUCUUGCUGUUGGGUUUUCGUUUUUGUGGUCAUUGAAUUCUCAAAGAAGAAGGAAAAAGAUUCUUAUGGCAGUGAAGGACACGUUCUACCUAUCGCACGGAUCCCCCACGCUGAGCAUCGACGAGUCGAUUCCGGCCAGAAAAUUCCUCCAGUCUUGGAAGGACACGGUCUAUCCUCACAAACCCACCUCCAUUCUCAUCAUCUCGGGACACUGGGAGACCGCCGUCCCCACCGUCAACUCCAUUUCCGGCCGCCACGACACCAUCUACGACUUCUACGGCUUCCCCAAAUCCAUGUACCAGCUCAAGUACCCUGCCCCCGGCUCCCCCCACCUCGCCAACUGCGUCAAGCAGCUGCUUACGUCCUCCGGCUUCGGCCCUGUGGACGUAGACAGCAAGCGGGGGCUCGACCAUGGCGCAUGGGUCCCGCUCAUGUUGAUGUACCCGGAGGGAGACAUCCCGGUUUGCCAGUUGUCGAUUCAGACAGAGAGGGACGCCACUUACCAUUACAACAUGGGGAGGGCGCUGGCUCCACUCAAGGAGGAGGGCGUCCUUAUAGUGGGGUCCGGUAGCGCCACUCACAACUUAAGGGCGUUGAAGAAGACAAAGGGCAAUGGUGUUGUCCCUUGGGCUCUCGAGUUUGACACAUGGUUCAAGGACGCUCUUCUCGAAGGAAGGUACGAGGAUGUGAACAAGUACGUGGAGAAGGCACCGCAUGCGAAAAUGGCGCAUCCUUGGCCGGAUCACCUUUACCCGCUGCAUGUAGCGGUGGGGGCUGCUGGUCCGGAUGCGAAGGCUAAGCAAAUCCACGACAGCUGGGAGCUCGGUGCUCUUUCGUAUGCCUCCUAUCAGUUUACAUCACCUUGAACUCAGAACUACUUGCAGCUUCCAGUUGAAGAUUGUAAUAGGGUGUGCCGCGGCGGUGGCGGCUGCGGCCAUCAAUCAUGUCAAUAAAGUUGCCAUGAAUGAAUGAUUGUGUAUUACUGAAUGCUAAUUUGUCAGUUACCCCAUUAUCCAAUUUCACUUUGUUUGCCUUC